AGCAGAUUAAACGGUUAAACUGAAGUGCGUCUCUGUGAAACUCCAUCGGACUAACCCGCCUUCACUUUAUUUAUUUACCGGCCCAAUGACUCUUCUGUCGGCUCAAGGCAAUGGAUAGUUCAUGAAAAUGUUACUCUUCUUGUAAGAGCUGAGGAUCCCUUGGAGCUCCCACCAUGGCAACAAAGAAGAGCCCAUGUCUGAUGCAGAGGACCACUGGAUCAAGAGGAAAACAAUGUGCCUGCACAAUCUGGGAUUCAUUACUGAUGAAAAAAGACUUCUGAAUCUUUCUCUUUGCUCAUAUUAACCUGCGAAUAUCCAAAACAUCCACAUAGAUGCAGUGCAAAUGGAUAGGACAAAAACCUUACACUGCAUAUAUUUAUAUCCUGAGCUAGCCAAUGAAAUAAAGAAGGUUAUUUAAUGUUAGCUGUCAAUUGAACAGACUGAGGCACUGGAAAGUCCUUUAGAAAAAUGAGUAGACUCAAAUGAUCAAAUGAAUGCUUUGAAGAAUUGGUGAUGCAGUCCAAGGAAAAGUUCCUCUUCAAUGGGGCGACAUAUUAUCUGACUUUAAGCUAAAUGGAGGAGAGGGACCGCAGUCGCUCACCAUCUCGCAGGACCAGCAGAGUAGAGCAGGUGGUGGGACGCUGGCUUCGCCGUUCCAGGGAGUCCAUCAGCCGAGAACGUGUGCUAGAAGAUGGGCAAGUUACUGACAAUGGUUCCCAGGAGCAGAGGAGCUGUCCAAUUAGAGUCACUGUUAAGAUCCCACUUGACCCCACCCUUAACUCUCAUGGCUUUACUGUCUCAACACACUCUCCGCCCCAGGUGUUGGACGUGACAGAAGGAGGCCCUGCUGAUGGAAAGCUUGUCCCUGGUGACCAGCUUUUCAAAAUAAACAAUGUUGCUGUUGAUGAUCUAUCAACUGAGCAGGCUGCUGACAUCAUCAGAGAAUGUCAGAACACCAUAAUAUUGACUGUCCUGAGAAAUACUGUGGGGCCAAAGUCGUCAUUCAUAACUCCAGAGAAGAGAGCCAAGCUGAAGUCAAACCCUGUUAAAGUGAGGUUUGCAGAGGAGGUGGUGGUCAAUGGUCACUCGCAGGGUAACUCUCUGCUGUUCCUGCCCAAUGUUCUGAAGGUCUAUCUGGAGAAUGGGCAAACGAAGGCUUUUAAAUUUGAAUCUAAAACCACUGUUAAGGACAUAGUGAUGACUCUGAAGGAGAAACUCUCAAUCACCCGGAUCGAACACUUCUCCCUUGUACUUGAACAACAAUACAGCAUCAGCAAACUAUAUCUACUACACGAGGAAGAGAUUAUUCAAAAGGUGGUUGAAAAGAAGGAGACUCAUGACUACAGGUGUCUGUUUCGUGUCUGUUUUCUACCGAGAGACUUUAAGAGCAUGCUUAGAGAAGAUCCUGUGGCCUUUGAGUAUCUAUACUUACAGAGCGUGAGUGAUGUAUUGCAGGAAAGGUUUGCAGUGGAGAUGAAAUGUAAUACAGCUCUCAGACUGGCUGCUCUACAUGUACAGGAAAAACUAGCCAACAGUGGACAAUCACUUAAAACACCUCUGAAGGCCAUUAUGAAGGAGUGGGGUAUUGAAAGCUUUGUGUCCCACACCUUACUGCGAAACAUGAGAGAGAAGGACUUGAAGAAAGCUAUCAGUUACCACAUGAAAAAGAUUCUAUCUCAGGAGCCAAAGCAAAAGGUGGUCUCAGUGAAUAAUGCUAGACUGAACUACUUGAAUGAGAUGUCUGAACUGAAGUCCUAUGGAGGAAAGGCUUUUAGUGCCACUAUGAUGCUGCAGGACAGGGAGUCAAUGGUGAGUUUGUUGGUGGGAGCUCAGUAUGGGGUGAGUCAGGUGAUCAACCAUAAACUGAGCAUCAUGACCACACUAACUGAAUUCAGCUGCAUUACCAGAGUGGAACUAUUACCCGAAUCUGACAGAGUUAGUCUGGUCAAGAUCUACCUGCAGGAUAUAAAGCCAAUAACAUUGCUGAUGGAGUCAGUGGCAGCUAAAGAUUUAUUGUGUCUGGUUUCUGGAUACUGCAAACUACUUGUGGACCCCCAGAUCUGCGUGUUCCCCUGGUCAACUAAUUCAAAGAGCCACCGCAUAUCAGCAGAGGAAGGUUAUGUGUCACACUGUGGCAGUGACUCUGAUGACUCAGACACAGAUGUGGAUGCUCUCCUUGCUCAUGUUGCUAGCACUGCCGAAAGCAACAAAACAGCAGUUAAACCCAGUGAUAAGCUACCUGAAGAAACUGAAAAAACACAAAGUAAUAAUGAAAAAGAUGUAGAGGUGGAAAAGGAAGGAGGCAAAGAAGAGGAGGUGGUUGAGAAGAAGGAAAAGGAAGAGGACAAAGAAACCAUCCAUGAAUCUAUACAUGGUAAUAAUGGAAAGACAGUAGAAACAGAUAAUGAGAGAGUGGGCACAGAAAAGGAAGACAAAGAGCAAGAGAAAAAACCUGAACAACCUCAGUGUGUCAUCAUUGUGGAUGACCCUUCAUCUGAAGCAUCUGAUUCAUACCAAACUGAAUCACAUUUCAUGACCAGCAUGUCCAGUGACUCUAUAGAUGCCCUAGAGGAGGACGACCUGAUGAGCUACUUCUCUACCAGACGCCCAUGCCAUUUACCAGUGAACGACUCUUACUGCUGUGAAGACCGCUAUUCACCAGCAUUAUCUCCACAGCAACAGCACAGCAAAGAUUCCCAUUCCCAAAGUGACAUGUACUCUGCUGAUUCCCAUUGUGAGCCUGAUAUUGACCAAUUCUUUUGCUUUGCUGCACUCUCAAAUAUUGCUGAAUGUCUACCUAGCCCCCCUGCAGCCAGUGAAGAGGAGGACUGUGAGGAGUUGGGACCAGAGAAUGAAAAACAUGAAAAGGGGUCACCUGCAAAAUGUCCUGAAAGCACCCUACCCCCUCCUGGAGACUAUGUGUUCACCUUUGAACAAGGAGACACUAGACACUACUACAAUAUCUGCUCCAAUGUUACCCCUGACAGUGCCCGCAGCCUUCCACAACCUCUCUCUCCUCCAGGUCCUAUAGAAACACAACCGGAUCGGGAAGGAGGGGAAGUGAAUCAGACAGAAACAGUGCCAAUUUUUCAACCUCCACCAGGGUUUGGAGACAGCAGUUCAGAUGAUGAGUUCUUUGAUGCUCAGGAAAGAUUCACAUCCCCUGAAGAACCCUACUCAAAUGCGAUGACAAGAGAAAAUUCAAGCACCAUAUUACACACAGUAAGCCUGGGCGAGAUUGGCAUCUGUGUCAGGGAACGAGAAGCAGAGGAUCUACAGAAGAAACGAAAAGAGGAAGGAAAAGUUAUUGCACAAGAUGAAUUUUCAAAUUUUAAUAAAAGAUCCAAAAAGCGUCGCUCAUUUAUGGAAACAAAUUACACAUCCCUGGUAUCAUUCCCAGAACAUGAUCAAUUAGAUAACAGCUAUGGAAAUAGCAUCCCAAGCUAUGGGUCUAUAUCAGUCAACCAUGGUGCUGGCCGAAUGGCAUGUUUUGAUGGUGGAUGCUCAGAUCAAGGUCCAUGUCCAACAGUCUCAUCUCUAACCGAUUCUGAAGGAGAACCAGCACAACUGGAAUCCAAACCCAUUAGCCCAUCCAAAGUCAACGGAUCAGGACCACAUAAUACCACUGAUACACAAGUGGAACACUCAAACAAAGCAUAUCAGCGGAAACAGCAACUUAUAGAGAUGGAACCAGAUUCCAUGGAGUUCAAAUCAGUCUCUGAGCUAAUGUCUUCUGUAUCGCCAACUAUAGUAGCAGUACGCUCCCGCAUGGACCUACAGGAUAAAGGUAGCACCAGUAAUCAUGGUAGAGAUGAUCAGGAGGAGGGUGCAGUGGGAGGUCUUGUUGAGAGACUGUUUGGAGGCCACUUGUUCUUUGAUACAUCUGAAGGAAAGUGUGAUAGCAGUAUUUUAUUUGCUCAAAGAGAUGACCAUGUAGCCAAACUGGAGGAUUCAUUCCAGGGCAGAUCAGUGCCCCAGAAGAGCAGCUCACUGCCAAGACUAGGCCAGUUAUCCCCAUCAAGUUUACCCUACUUCCAUGUCCCGAGUAUAUCAUACACUACAAGUCCUAAUAUAGACAAGGAUGACGAUACCGUAUAUCUAGAAUCUGGGAUGGGAAAAUGCUCAGUGGACCCCACAGAGAGGACAAGAAGUCAGAGCAUGUCUGCAUCCUUUGGCAGUGGUGCACCACAUUGCCCAACAAGACACUUAUUUUCCCAGCGAGUCGUUGGACCAGAAUCUGAUGAAACUAACAAUUCUUGUGACUCUUCCAUCCAAGAACUGUCUUCUGGCGUUCCUUCUUAUGAACCAGCCCAAAGGUUCCUUCUUACACCCUGUUCAUCUGGCAUCCUUGGUCGGCUCUCUGCCUCAACAUUGCGGGGAAAGAUCCAGAACCUUCCUCUCUACUUAUCACGUUCCCAGGAAAUGCUAACUGCCAAUUCUAAUGGCAGUGGCAAUGUUAAGCCUGUGAGAAGACUUUCAGAAACACAACUACAAAGAAAUGAAGUUGAGGUAGCAAAAGAGGUAACUGAGGACGUGACCUUGAAUGAAGGUUCUCCUGAAAUAACAGAGGUAAAAGUGGUUACCAUAGUAUCUGAAGAAGUAACUGAGGUCAUUGAAGAGGUAAGAAAGGUCAGCCACAUUAGUCCUCAAGCAUGUGGUCAGCAUAAAACCAAAACUGAACCUAAAGAGUUUUCUGUAAUAGCCAUAUCCUCCUUGUGUUCCAAGCCAGACAACUCUCUCCAAGCCAACCCCUCAUCUGUAGUGGUUACUACACAAAACCUAAAUGGACCCUGGGGGGUGGUAACGUCUAGUGGAUUACAAGAAUGUAGCUUCCCUCCCUCAAGCACAACUCCCCAAAACUUUACCUCUAGCUGUGGGGUUUUCACAAACUGCCAGUCCAAACCUACCAUAGCCCAGCCACAAUCCUUGCCCAGCCCAAAUCAACAUAAGAAACAAGACCUUAGUUGCAGCUCAGUACUGGCUAUGGGUUGUGACACUGUAAUGGAGAGUGCUCAGACACCUUUAGAGGUCUGCCAGACAGUAUACACCAACUGUUUCAGUGGAGUUCUUGACAGUGCCAGCUUUGAUGAUGAACUCACUGUCUACGAGUUUUCCCGCAGAACGAGCCAGGGUGAAACAGGGGAUACAGUGCUGACAUCUGUCCCUCCUUCCUCCCUCUCUGCAUCCCCUGCAUCUUUCUCUCCAUCUUCUCCAUUGCCCUCAUUCCCUCAUCUAGUACUGCCUGCUUCUUCAUCUACAGAGCUCAGUCCCCUUCUGUCUCCCUUGGAUGCCCCUGACUGCUUCCUAACAGACCCUCGUGAAGAUAUCAUGACUUCACUGCUGACUCGCCGGUAUCCCCUACCACCAACAGGAUUCCUUUCUUUGCAAAGGGAUGUGGAUACACUCUUAAGUGUUCUUGCUGGUGCUAUAAAGAACCAAGAUGGGGCCCACGAGCACCCCAGGGAUACCUGUGUGACUCACUUUUCAGACAACAAAAAGCGAUUACAUGCAGAGGCUCGGGGGCUUUUAGCUGGAUGUCAGCGUGUGGUCAGGGUUGGGCAGACGCCAGAGGAAACACUUCAAUCAUUGUCUGAAAGCUUCCGCUCACUGGUACAGCUGACAGUUGUGUGCUUAUGUUUCUCUAGUUGCCAGCGAUGCAGGGAGCGCCAUGCCCAAGCACUUACAGGACUAGCAAAUGUUGCAAAAACUUACCAAGACUUUGCUCGGGCGGCAGAGCUUGUAGGAAAUGCUACUAAAAGGAAGACUUGUCAUGAUCUGAGUAUUAAACUCUUGGCUCGCCAAUGCACUGCACUAACAACUUCAGUGUUUUGCCUCACCCAGCUCUUUCGCACUCUCACUGCCCUUUGACAUUUGGACAGUUACAUUGAGUAGUUUUUUCCCCCAAGGAAACCUGUCAGAAUAACUCAAAUAUGGUUUAAAUAAACCUGUUGAGAUAUACAACGUUAAUAUUGAGGCAGUGUCCAAAGUGUCCAAUAAGCAUGAACUAAUACAUACACUCACACACAUACAUACACAUACACAUACAGACAGACACUGAAACAUAAAACCUGCCAUUUAAAUGUAUUGAAUGGAUUAGCCUAAAAUGACAAAUGUACUGAGAACAGAAUUUCUAAACAGGGUACUAAACAGCUUGUUUUACAGUAUUUGUAUGUUGGGUAUAAGUAUUUAGUAUUGAAUGUAAUUCUAAACCAUAACUGUCUUUGUACUAUGGUUAUCAGUAAUUUAUUCUGCUUCGUGAGGAAAGCAUAGACAGGGAUUUUACAUAGUGUAUCUUCCAACAUUCUCUGCUCUAUUUCUCAUAAUUGCUUGCUUUCUCACUACCAUUUUCACCAAUGUUAUGCACAUACAGUAUAUUCUCUUAUCUCUGCCAUACCUAGUGUCUAUUAGAGAAUGUUAUGAAAGCUUUCUGCAGUAAUCACCUGGGUUAUAAAUGUUUACUAAAUACAAACAAUAUUUUACUUGAGUUGCCAGUAAUGUUACAUGUUCUUUUAGAAGAAUAUACCAAAGCCUAUGGAUGAAUGAUUUUGCAGAGUGAAUGCAGAUUCAUUCAAAAGACUUUACAUUGACUUAUGCAUAUGCUUUACAGUUUAAUAAGGGAGGUUUAUUUGGAUCAUUAGAUCAUUUUUGUGGAGAAUAACAGUGUAAUUUUUGGUGCCAUUGAUUUAUUUUUUCACUUAUAAGUUAUUCCUUUUCAGUUGUUCCUCACCCUGAUUUCUUUAGUCUUCACAAAACACUGCUCACAUAAUCAUACAAUGAUCAAAGUAUUGUAGAAAAUGGUUAAAAGGUGACAGGAAGCUUGUUUCCGCCACUGAAUAAAAAAUAAAAAAGUGACUUUUUGUCUCAAAAUUCUGACUUUUUUUUUUUUCCAAUUGCGAGUUUACAUCUCGCAAUUGUGACUUCUUUUCUCAGAAUUCUGAGAUAUAAACUCGCAAUUGCGAGAAAAGUCAGAACUGCAACUUUAUAACUCGCAAUUGAGAGUUUAUGUCUCGUAAUUCUGAGAUAAAAAGUCAGAAUUGUGAGAGAAAAAGCCACAAUUAUCUAUUAAAUUGUUUUAUUCUGUGGCGGAAAUAGGCUUCCAUAGGACAUUUACAAAUUUCAGUGUGAGAAAAUAUCAAAAUGGUGAAAUUAAUAGCAAAGUAAUUUACCCACCAGUACAUGUGUCUGAAUACCAAAAAGCUGCCAUGCACUCUCUUCUUAUAAGGAAUGCUGUAAGCCAUAGACAUACUGUAUACCUUGGAAAUAGUGGGCUGCAUGCAAAAAUGAAUGCAUGAUUGAAAGACUGACCAGUGAGUGAAUGAAUGGUUAUAGCAAUGAAAACCGGCUUUGUAAUGCAGUAUUCACCCCCAUUAAAAUGACUUCUAAACGA